AAAAGAAAAAGAAUUAGAGCAGAGAGAAAACUCUUCCUCUCUGGUUCAAAACACACCGUUUUACACACAAACCCUAAGCUUUUUGUUUUUUCUGAGUUUCUAACCAGAAAGAGAGAUAUUUUUUCACGGCUGCCAUGAGUAGCGACGCCAACGACUGUCACCGCCACGGAAAAGGCUGAAAUCAGAUCCACACCUUAACCUAAGUGAAAAUCUAGUAGAAGAAGGUCGCACAAUAUUUGUACAGGAUGGAGUUCAAUUCCAAGGAAGGCAUGCAUAGGAAGAGAAAAAAGGCUCUUGAAGCUCCUAAAGAACCUCGUCGUCCUAAAACGCAUUGGGAUCAUGUUUUGGAAGAGAUGGUUUGGUUGUCUAAGGACUUUGAGGCUGAGAGAAAAUGGAAAUUAGCUCAGGCAAAAAAGGUUGCUUUGAGAGCCAGCAAAGGCAUGCUGGAUCAGUCCACCAGAGAAGAAAGGAAAUCGAAGGAAGAGGAACAACGUAUGCGCAAAGUGGCACUUAAUAUUACAAAGGAUGUGAAGAAGUUCUGGAUUAAAAUAGAGAAACUGGUACUUUACAAGCAUCAGAUGGAGCUUGAUGAAAAAAAGAAAAAGGCUCUUGACAAACAGCUGGAGUUCCUUCUAGGACAAACUGAGAGGUACUCUACCAUGUUGGCUGAAAAUCUAGUUGAUAAACCAUUGCUGCAGGAUUGUGCACAUGAGGAAGGGCAUAAAGUUGAUACUAAAGAACCAGAAGAGUUAGUUGAUGCUGUCCCAGAUCCUCAGUCGAAUACUGGAGACAAUGAUGACGAUUAUGAUGUGCAAUCAGAGGAAUCAGAAGAUGAUGAGCAUACUAUCGACGAAGACGAAGCUCUUAUAACUGAACAGGAAAGGCAAGAAGAAUUGGAAGCUCUGAACAAUGAAAUGGAUGUUCCACUUGAAGAGCUACUCAUGAGAUAUGCUGCAAAACAUGUUAGCAGAGAAAAUAGUCCAGAAAAGGGUGAAAGUGGAGCCUACCAGACCAUUGAGGGGAGAGACCCUGUUGAGAGAAAAGGAAAAGAUAAAUCCGCUGACAGUGACACUGAUAUGAGCAGCUCACUUGUUGAUACUGGUCGUCGUUGUGCUGAAGUUAAUGGUGCAGUGUUGAAAGAAAACCAUUUAUUUGAAACUGAGACAGGUGAAAAAAAAACUCGGUCAAAUAUCGUUGGUGAUCCUGCAGAAGAACAUAUGUUGUAUGAUUUUAAUGAAGAUCAGGAAGAUGGUGAUUUUGUUCUUGCUAAUGGAGAAGAGAAGGAUGAUGAGACAACCUUGUCAGAGGAGGAAGAACUUGAAAACGUUGAUCCAACCAGUCCCACAGAUGAGAUUUUAUUGCUGCAAAAGGAGAGCGAGAUUUCCUUAAAAGAACUUCUUUCAAGGUAUAAAAAGGAGGUUAACAGUGAAGUAUCAGAGGAAGAAUCUGAAAAUGCAUCUGCUUUAUCAGACGACUUGUCAGAUUACUCAGAAAGUCAAGUUGUUGAUCAGACACAGCAGGAUGUAUCUAUGGAUGAAAAUGUGGAAUCUGGUAAAGGCUCACCAGUCUACAAUCAUCUUACAAAUGAAGAAGGACUAGGAAAUGAGAAAAUUGCAGAAGAAAACCAUAGAAGUGCAGAAGAAGGAAGUGGUAGUGAGAAUAUGAUUGCCGAUGCUGCUGCUGCUGCAAGAUCUGCGCAACCAACUGGAAAUACAUUUUCAACGACCAAAGUGCGGACGAAGUUCCCUUUUCUCGUCAAGUACCCUCUUCGUGAGUAUCAACAUAUUGGCCUGGAUUGGCUUGUCACUAUGUAUGAGAAAAGGUUAAAUGGUAUUCUAGCUGAUGAAAUGGGACUUGGAAAGACAAUAAUGACGAUUGCUUUACUUGCACAUCUGGCAUGCGAUAAGGGAAUAUGGGGUCCCCAUCUAAUUGUGGUUCCAACAAGUGUUAUGCUUAACUGGGAAACAGAAUUUCUCAAGUGGUGUCCUGCUUUUAAGAUUCUCACUUACUUUGGUAGUGCAAAAGAGCGUAAACUAAAAAGGCAAGGUUGGAUGAAACCGAAUUCUUUCCACAUUUGUAUUACAACUUACAGGCUGGUUAUACAGGAUUCAAAAGCUUUCAAGAGGAAGAAGUGGAAGUACUUGAUAUUGGAUGAAGCUCAUUUGAUUAAAAAUUGGAAGUCGCAGAGAUGGCAAACUCUUCUAAACUUCAAUUCAAAACGACGAAUCUUAUUAACUGGUACUCCCUUGCAGAAUGAUCUCAUGGAACUCUGGUCUUUGAUGCAUUUCUUGAUGCCACAUGUCUUUCAGUCCCACCAGGAGUUCAAGGAUUGGUUCAGUAAUCCAAUAUCAGGGAUGGUUGAGGGACAAGAAAGAGUGAACAAAGAAGUGGUUGAUCGUCUGCAUAAUGUUCUUCGUCCAUUUAUUCUUCGUCGACUGAAAAGAGAUGUCGAAAAGCAACUCCCUAUGAAACAUGAGCAUGUCAUCUAUUGUAGACUUUCAAAGAGGCAGCGUAAUUUGUAUGAGGACUUCAUUGCUAGCUCAGAGACACAGGCUACCCUUGCAAGUGCUAAUUUUUUUGGGAUGAUUAGCAUUAUUAUGCAACUUCGUAAAGUUUGCAAUCAUCCUGAUUUAUUUGAAGGUCGUCCAAUAAUUAGUUCGUUCGAUAUGGUUGGUAUGGACAUCCAGCUGAGUUCUUCAGUAUGUGCAAUCAUUUCACCUGUCCCAUUUUCCUCCGUAGACCUUUGCAGUUUGGGGCUUUUGUUUACUCACCUUGAUUUAAACAUGACUUCGUGGGAGUGUGAUGAAGUAAAUGCUAUUGCAACUCCUUCAAAAUUAAUUGAAGAGCGUGCCAAUGUAGAUGACAUUGAAGUUAUUGGGUCUCGAUCUAAACAUUUGGAAAAGAUACCUGGAACUAAUAUUUUUGAAGAGAUUAGAAAGGCUGUAUUUGAGGAGAGACUAAGAGAAGUAAGAGAACGGGCAGCAUCUGUCGCAUGGUGGAAUUCCUUGAGGUGCCGGAGGAAACCCAUUUAUUCAACAUCUUUGCGAGAACUUCUCAACAUAAAGAAUCCUCUUAAUGAUUUUUAUUGCCAAAAUGUUGAUCGGACCUCUUAUUUGUACUCAUCUAAGCUUGCUGAUGUUAUUCUUUCACCAGUAGAACGGUUUCACAAGAUGAUUGAUCUUGUUGAAACAUUUAUGUUUGCUAUACCGGCAGCACGUGCUCCAGUUCCCACUUGUUGGUGCAGUAAAUCAGGAAGUUCUGUGUUUCUGCCUCCAACUUAUAAGGAGAAAUGCUCUGAAAUGCUGUUACCUCUUCUUUUACCUAUUAGACCUGCGAUUGUCAGGAGGCAAGUGUAUUUUCCAGACAGACGGCUGAUACAGUUCGACUGCGGUAAGUUGCAGGAACUGUCCGUUUUACUGAGGAAGUUGAAAUCAGGGGGUCACCGAGCAUUGAUAUUUACUCAAAUGACAAAAAUGCUUGAUACAUUGGAGGCUUUUAUAAACAUGUAUGGUUAUACUUACAUGCGUUUGGAUGGGUCAACUCCACCAGAGGAGAGACAAACCUUAAUGCAGCGAUUCAACACAAAUCCCAAGAUCUUUCUGUUUAUCUUAUCAACCCGCAGUGGGGGAGUAGGCAUAAAUCUUUUUGGGGCAGAUACUGUUAUCUUCUAUGAUAGUGAUUGGAACCCUGCAAUGGAUCAACAAGCUCAAGAUCGCUGCCAUCGGAUAGGACAGACACGUGAAGUCCAUAUCUACAGGUUAAUUAGUGAGAGCACUAUUGAAGAAAACAUCUUAAAGAAAGCUAAUCAGAAGCGCGCUCUUGAUGAUUUAGUCAUACAGAGUGGAGACUACAACACUGAGUUCUUCAAGAAGCUUGAUCCAAUGGAAUUAUUUUCCGGUCAUAAAGCUCUUCCAUCUAAAAAUACACAGAAAGAGAAAAUUCAUAGCCACGGAAAUGAGGUUUCUUUAUCUAAUGCAGAUGUAGAGGCUGCUUUGAAAUAUGCAGAGGAUGAAGCAGAUUAUAUGGCAUUGAAGAAAGUUGAACAGGAAGAAGCUGUGGAUAAUCAAGAGUUUGCUGAGGUCAUUGGGAAACUGGAAGAUGAUGAAGUUGUGAAUGAUGAUGAUAUGAGAGCUGAUGAGCCCACAGAUCUGGAGAUGACAAUUCAAAGUAAAGACAGUGGUGUAAACUCAAAUUUGAAGGGUCCCACUGAAGAACAAACUCUAACUUAUGCUGCCAAUGAUGAUGACGUUGACAUGCUUGCUGAUGUCAAACAAAUGGCUGCUGCUGCAGCUGCUUCUGGACAAGCUAUCUCAACCUUUGAGAAUCAGUUACGUCCUAUUGACAGAUAUGCUAUACGUUUUCUGGAAUUAUGGGAUCCUAUUAUUGACAAAGCAGCCAUGGAAUCUGAAGUUAGGUUUGAGGAGGCAGAAUGGGAACUUGAUCGUAUUGAGAAAUACAAAGAGGAAAUGGAAGCUGAGAUUGACGAUGAUGAGGAGCCAUUGAUAUAUGAACGAUGGGAUGCUGAUUUUGCAACCGAAGCAUAUCGACAGCAAGUUGAGGCCUUAGCUCAACAUCAGUUGAUGGAAGAGCUGGAAGCUGAAGCUAAAGAGAAAGAAAAUGCAGAUGAUGGAUAUGGUGAUUCAGUAAUGAAUGACAAGCCAAGCAAUUCUAAACCAAAAUCCAAAAAGAAACCUAAGAAAGCCAAGUUCAAAUCUCUGAAGAAGGAAUCUCUCACUUCUGAAUUGAAACAUGUGAAAGAUGAACCAUCAGUGGAAACUAUGUCUAUAGAUGAUGAUGAUGUAAGCUAUCAUGAAGAAGUCUUCCUUGUGCCGAAAAAGCGCAAGGGAGUUGAAAUACUUGAUGUUGAAUCUGGGAAGAGCUCAAAGAAGAAGUCUAACAAGUCAAAGAAGGUUUCUGAAACAUGCCCUUCAGAUUUAGAUUCUAAUUUGUUUGGUAACCAGCAAGAGGAUUUCAUGGAGUUAAAACCAUGUGACAUCAUGGUUGCUGCUGAUUUUGAGCAGAAACCAGUGGGCAGAAGCAAAAUAGGGGGAAGGAUCUCUAUCACAGCCAUGCCAGUGAAGCGGGUUUUAAUGAUUAGGCCUGAGAAGUUAAAGAAAGGGAAUGUUUGGUCAAGAGAUUGUGUACCCUCACCUGACUCAUGGUUUCCCCAAGAGGAUGCAGUUUUAUGUGCUGUUGUCCAUGAAUAUGGACCGCAUUGGAACUUGGUUAGUGAAACACUAUAUGGGAUGUCUGCUGGUGGGUUUUACAGGGGAAGAUAUCGUCAUCCAGUUCAUUGUUGUGAAAGAUUUAGGGAACUGAUCCAAAGGUAUGUGUUGUCCGGACCAGAAAAUCCUGUUAAUGAAAAGGUGAGCAAUGCAGGUUCCGGAAAGGCUCUUCUCAAAGUAACUGAGGAUAAUAUCCAGAAGCUGUUAAAUAUGACUACUGAGCAGCCAGAUCAUGAGUUCCUUCUCCAGAAGCACUUCACGGCUUUGCUUUCUUCUGUGUGGAGGAUGACAUCACGUGUUAACCGACAAAAAACUCUUUCAUCAUCUAGAAAUGGCCUCUAUUUUGGUAGAAAAUUAUCUAGUUCUUUCAAUCAGAUAUCUUGGAAUUCUAUGAAAGAACCUGUAAAAGGAAUGAACUUCACUAAUUUAUCACAGAGUAGCAAAUUAGCAUCUGCUCUCCGUGAUGCUAACUGUAGACCCAUGGAUGACACAAUUUCCUUUCCGAACCGGAUGGAAGUUGUUCCUUCUACUUCUGAAAAGUUGGAAAUAACUCUGGAAUUUGAGAAGGAGGAUUCCGCAGUUCCACUCCCACCUUUCAUAAAUUUGUCAAUACCUGUGUCUGACUCGACAAGGUUCAUAAGCAAGGAUGAAGUAGGAGAAAAUCAUUUAAAAGCCUCCAUGGUUAUGGCUGAGAGUCGAUUCAGGGAUGCAGCUAGAGGUUGCGAUGAAGGCAGUUUGGCUUGGGCUUCAUCAGCAUUCUCAGCAAAUGAUGCAAAGUUGCGUGCAGGUUCAAAAUUACAGUCCUUGGGAAAACAUAGGCUACCCGUCUCAGAUCCAGUGAAGCCAGCUAGGUCAAAAUCGAAGAAAACUUGUGGGAAUUCUGACAUGCAUCACCUAUCUGCUGAGCUCGUAUUACUAUCAUCGCAUGUUGCAUCACCUUCGGACCCCAAUUUAAAGUUUGACCUUACUCCACCUGUCUACCAAGAUGGUUGGAUGAAUGAUACAGAUGCUUAUUCUAUUUGUUGUUUGGAUAAUGAGCUUUCACUGGAAAUGGGGAGCUCUGAAGCUGUCCCUCAUAUAUAUGUUCCUGAUUUGAUUGCCGGUCUUGAUGAUUGGUCGCAAUUGCCAGAAUUUACUGAUAUUGGGUAAAGAUUAACAGUGCAUAUACUGACUAGAAUCUUUCACUGACAUUUAGAGAACAUAGAACUUUCUGCUACAAGCUCAUGCUGGUUGAUCAGUACACCAAACGUAGUGCGCCGGCUGAGCAAACACAACCAUGGAAUACAAGAGUAUGGAACAGGCAGUCUGGUUUAAGCGUGUUUGGAUCUGAGAAUAUGAGAUUGUUCUGCAUCAUGAUGAUGUCGAUCGGGGGUAGGGAAAAUAGGAAAUGUAACAUAAUUGUUUUUUCUUUGAAAUUUUCAGUGGGACAUGCCGAUUUUAAUCUGGGCUAGUCAUUUUUUUUGGCAUGAUUCCCUAUAGAAAGGAAUUAGGAUAGGGGAGAUGAUUAGUGAGAAUUUCCGGAUUUUCUGUCGAUGUUGUACAGGCUUUAGAGAUAGUUCUCGGAAAAUUCACAUGUUAAAAUUUCUCUAUGAUGGCUAUAAUGGUAAUCUAAGGAAUGCUUCUGAAAA